AUGUUGUGUGCUUGUUCAGGCGAACAAUUCCGGUUCGAGGACCAGCCUGGGUCGCCGGAAUCACUAGCUACCAGAGAUUUCUCAGCUAGUGGGCUCUCUUCUUCCAGAACUGGAGGUGGCGAUUGGGAUUCUAAACUCGAAGAGAUUCAAGUGGAUGAAGCUGAAUCGACUCUAAAGGAGGCUCUCUCUCUCAACUAUGAGGAAGCAAGAGCUUUGCUGGGGAGACUUGAAUACCAGAGAGGUAAUUUCGAUGCAGCGCUUCAGGUGUUCAAGGGGAUUGACAUUAAGGUCUUAACUCCAAGGAUGAUCAAAGCCAUUGUAGAGAGAACUCGUCCAUCAAAACCAUCACGAUCCAGACCUGUUAUUGUGCCUCCAUGCUCAAUGUCUGUGCAUUCAAUCAGUUUACUUCUUGAAGCAAUAUUUCUUAAAGCUAGAUCACUUGAGGAACUCGGCUCUUACAAAGAUGCUGCAGAGGAAUGCAAAGUAAUCCUGGACAUUGUUGAAUCUGCAAUGCCAAGAGGCAUGCCUGAUGGAAUCAGCGGAUUCGGUAAACUGCAGGAGAUUUUUCACAAGGCCCUUGAAUUGCUUCCUCUACUAUGGACAAAAGCAGGGAAUUUUCAUGAAACUAUUGCUUCAUAUCGCCGUGCUUUAUCUAGACCAUGGAAUCUGGAUCCCCAAAGGUUAGCUAUUACGCAGAAAUCAUUAGCCUUGGUUUUACUUUACGCAAGUGUUGAGGCAUGCCCAAAAGAGAACAUGGAGGAAGCAAUUGUGUUAUUGAUGUUACUUGUGAAGAAGAUGGUGGUUGGGGAAAUCAAGUGGGAUCCAGAACUCAUGGAUCAUCUCACAUACGCCCUCUCGAUGACUGGACAGUUUGAAGUGUUGGCGAACUAUCUAGAGAAGACUCUACCAGGUGUUUACACCCGAGGGGAGAGAUGGUACCUUCUCUCACUUUGUUACAGUGCUGCAGGGAUUGAUAAGGCGGCAAUCAAUCUAUUAAAGAUGGCCCUAGGUCCUUCUGAAUCAAGGAAGAUACCCCACACUCCUUGGUUAUUGUUUGGCGCAAAGCUGUGCUCUAAAGAUCCAAAACACUCAAGGGACGGCAUAAAUUUUGCUCAUAGGCUGCUCGACUUGGCAAACGAUCAAAGUGAACAUCUUUUGAGCCAAGCACACGGGUUCCUUGGUGUAUGCUAUGGAAACGCUGCAAGAAGUUCGAAAUUAGACUCUGAACGGGUUUCUCUUGAGAAGAAAUCUUUAUUCUCUCUAAAUAAAGCAGCCAAGAGGGCCAAGAAUGAUCCAGAACCAGAAGUUAUAUUUAACUUGAGCGUGGAGAAUGCAUUUCAAAGAAACCUUCAGUCGGCUUUGGAUGGAGCGGUUGAGUAUUCUACUAUGGUGGGAGGAGUUUCAACUAGAGGAUGGAAACAUUUGGCUACUGUCCUUUCAGCGGAGAAAAGGCUCAAGGAUGCUGAAUCUAUUCUGGACUUUACCAUGGAAGAGGCUGGUGACAUGGAAAAGUUAGAGCUCUUAAAGUUGAAAGCUGUGCUUCAGAUGGCUCAAGAACAACCUAAAAAGGCAUUGAAGACAUGCAGCAGUUUGCUGCCUCUAAUCCGGGCGCAGGAGAAAUCUGAACAAUCCGAGGUUCUGCUACAGAAAUUUGAAACGGAAGCUUGGCAAGACCUGGCCUCUGUCUACGGAAAGCUAGGUUCAUGGUCAGAUGCAGAAACCUGUUUGCAGAAGGCAAGAUCCAUCUGCUAUUAUUCUCCUAGAGGCUGGAAUGAGACAGGUUUGUGUUUAGAAGCUAAAUCACUUCAUGAAGAAGCUUUAGUAUCCUUCUUCCUGUCACUCUCGAUCGAUCCAGAUCACGUGCCCAGCAUUGUUUCUAUAGCAGAGGCUAUGAUGAAACCCGGAGGUGCAUCACUUCCAGCCGCUAAAAGUUUUCUGAUGAAUGCCUUAAAAUUAGACCCGAGAAAUCACGAUGCAUGGAUGAAGCUAGGGCACGUUGCCAAAAUGCAAGGCUUGUCACAGCAAGCUGCAGAGUUUUACCAAGCUGCAUAUGAACUAGAGCUAUCGGCUCCGGUACAGAGUUUCAUUUGA